AUGGCGAGCCGUAUCACAUGCCUUUUCUUGACAAUUGCCGCUGUGCUGGCCGCUGUUUGCUGCUUCUCCUCCAUGUUGCCAGAAUCGGAGGCCUUUGUCUCGCAGCCUCAGCGACUCCGCAGCCAGCAGCGUGAGACUGCUCUCCAGGGGGAGCGAAUGCCUGGCAGAGAUCGAAUCGCCACGGACCUGGAUGAGCAGUACGGCAAGCCACCGCCAACGGAGACACCUCAGUUCGCCACCUCCAACGUGCUCUUCAACUUUGCUUCCGUGGUGGCGGUGAUCUUCUUGGGCUUCUUCAUUUUCGACAUUGGAGCCACCAAAAUGGAGUAUGCUUCCUACGGGGACUGA